GACUGCGCUUGGGUGGGCUCCUAGCAGCGGUUGCGUCUCUCCUGGAUUUCUUCUGCGGGCCCGAAGAGCAGGCUUGGGGGCGCGGGGCUUUUCCCAGUCUCAUGAAUAGCAGGAGGAGGAGGAGGAGUAGACUUGUCAGUGCCGAGAGUUUGGGAGUCUGCGAGACAGUUCGGUUCCCCCCUUACAUUCCACUCCUUUAGACCGCUUGCGUUUUCACCCUUGGUGAGGUGGUUGUGCUAAACCCUCCCCUCAGUGGGAAGCUGUGCCCAAAGCCUCUGACAUCGUGGACUGCGUGAGAACCACAAACAUUGACGGAGUUGUGUGCUUACUGUUACCUGCUACCCAAUCUACCAAAAACAAACCCAGGAAAGAUACUUAAUAAAAAUGAUCUUGGAAAACACAUCUGUACAUAGUUUAUUGAAUCAGCACAAUGAGCAGUGAAGAGGAAGCAUGGGAGAAAUUGGACUCAGAAUUUGACCACUAUGUUGUGGAUAUGAAGCCUUAUGUUUUAAAGCUACCUCAUAAAUCAGAACGUUACAGAUGUGCUGUUUGGAUUAAAAAACUUUGUGAGCCUUCAGGUACUGGUACAGGAAUUGUUGGCAGGAAGAAUAGAAACUUAUAUGCAAAACUGCUUCUUCAUAUGCUAAAGAGAGGAGUGCUGGAGGGACCAUUUACACAUAAACCGGAAUCAGGAAUAUUGAAAACACUUCCGUCCUACAUGUCAAUCUAUUUUGAUGAACCAAGUUCAAAAAGAGUUUGGAGUAACAUCCCAGAAGAUUUAGAAAAUUUACCUGACUGGGUCAUGGGAGAAUUGGGCCAGAGUGAUUGUAAAUCAGAUGAAUCCUGGAAACUUUCCUUUAGAGAAGAGUCUGCUUUGGUAACCUCACCAUCUAAACAGAGGGAACAAUAUACCUGCAAUGGAAAACUAGCGUUAAAGUCACAUUCUGUGAGUCCUCCUCAUUUGUCAGAAGAUGAGAACUUUCCAUCAAAGACAAGGGGAGAUAGUUGUACAAGAAAAAUUUCUUUUGAUGACAGUGACCUUGAAGCUCGUCUCAACAGUUGGAAUCUUGGGCUCGAAAAUCCUAGAUAUUUACGUGAGAAACCUGUAUCCCUGUCAUUGAUGUCACCCAAGUUAGGUCUGGGGAAAAACAGCAGUUUUCGAGAUGAACAAAUGUUGUUCCGAAUACAUGAAAAGGAGCUGUUGGGAACAGCCGAGGCAGUAUGUCAAGUGCUAAAGGACAGAGAUGAGAAUAUCCCAACUAAACUGCUGGAGAUGAAAUCAAAAUUGAUGGAAGCUAAGCUUCAUGAAGAAAAGCUUAAAUUACAACAGAAGCAUGAUGCAGAUGUUCAAAAGAUUUUGGAUAGAAAAAACAAUGAAAUUGAGGUACUGAAGACCUUGUGUAGAACAAAACAGAGUGAAGCUGAAGAGACUAUUCAAAAGCUUGAAAAAAAAGUUCAGACACUUGUUCGUGAGUCACAAGUCAUUAGAGAAGCUAAGGAAAAACAAAUUGUGGAACUAAAAAAGUUAUGUGAUCAGAGUACAGAUUCCCUGAACAAUGAAUGGGGGAAAAAGCUCCAUAAUGCUGUAGCUGAGAUGGAAAAAGAGAAGUUUAAUCUCCAGAAAAAACACACAGAAAAUAUCCAAGAAUUGCUGGAGGAUACAAAUACACGUUUAAGUAAAAUGGAAGCAGAAUAUUUGGCACAAACCAAAGCAACUAACCAGAUGGUCAAAGAGCUAGAGGCCCGGGUCUAUCAGUUGACAGUGGAAGCUGAAACAAGUAAUUUGCAGCGUCAGAAAUUAUCUCAAGAGAAAAACAAUCUGGAACAGUCUUACCAGGCUGUAUGUGGGGAACUUGAAGAAAUCAAGGCAAGGCAAAACUCACUUCAAAAGGAAAGAGGGCGCAUGAUGGAAGAAUAUGAACAGAACAUUAAACAGUUACAAAACAAGUAUGAUGUUGACCUAAAUUUGAUGAAGAAGGAGCAAGCUCUUUCUGCAGUGAAGGCAUCAGAUGUGAUUGAAGAAUUAGAGCAGUAUGUGUCUCAAUUAAAACAACAGUUACUAGAAUCAGACCAUCAAAGGCAGCAACAACUGAGGGAACGAGAGCAAGCUUUUCUACAAGAAAAAGCUACCUUAGAGAGAAUUCAUGAAAAAAAGAUUUAUGGAAUACAGAGCGACUUUGAUAAAGAGAGAGUAGAGUCACACAAGAAGAUACAGAAGUUGGAAGAUCUUCUGAGGGAGAAGGAGGAGCAUCUGAUUCAGGUGAUGGAGGCACAGAGACUGCAGGCCCAGCAGGCUGAUGCUGCCCUGGAGGAGUUUAAGCGGCAGGUGGAGCUGAACUCGGAGAAAGUGUAUGCAGAAAUGAAAGAGCAGAUGGAAAAGGUAGAAGCAGAUCUUAGCAGAUCAAAAUCUCUCCGGGAAAAACAGUCAAAAGAUUUUUCCUGGCAGUUGGAGGAGAUCAAGCAAAAAUAUGAACAACAGAUAGUAGAGCUGAAGCUGGAGCAUGAACAGGAAAAGACGCACCUAUUCCAACAACAUAACACAGAAAAGGAUUGCCUGGUCCGAGACCAUGAACGGGAAAUUGAGAAACUGGAAAAACAGCUUCGGGCUGCCAUGACAGACUACGACAAUAAAACUCAGGAAUGUAGGAAACGAGAUGCUCAGAUCAUCUGUGAUAUGGAAGCCCAGAUUCACACUCUGAGGGAAGAGCUGAUUCAGGUGAAUACUCAAAGAAAACAGCAAUUGGUAGAACUUAGUCUUCUUCGGGAAGAAGAAAAGCAAAGAGCUGUUCGGGAUCAUGAGACUGCCAUGAACAAACAGAAAGCUGAGUCUGAAAAAAUGAUUCUAGACCUGAAAAAGAGUAAUGCUGCAGAAAAGGAGAUGGCACUGGAAAAGGCCAACAGCAGGUUGAAGCAGAUUGAAAAGGAAUACAGUCAGAAGCUCGCCAAAUCUUCACAGAUCAUAGCUGAACUUAAGAAAACCAUUUCCUCUCUGACGGAGGAAAGCAACCAGCAGAAGCUUGCUGGAGAAAGGCGUCUGCAAGAUAUUUUACAAAAGUUUGAAGAAGAGAAGCGGCAGCUGAUUAGAGAUAAUGGCACAGCAAUCAAGGGCUUACAAGAUGAGAUUGAGAGUUACUGCAAUCAGGUUUGCUCUGCAGAAAAGAAGCUGCAACAGAAAGAUCUGGAGACACAGGAACAGGUGACUUCUAUACGGCAAGAAUAUGAAACCAAACUGAAAGGUCUAAUGCCAGCAUCUUUGCGACAAGAACUCGAAGACACAAUUCUCUCACUAAAAUCUCAGGUAAAUUUUCUACAAAAAAGAGCAUCUGUCCUACAAGAGGAACUGAGCACAUAUCGUACCAGAAGGUAAUUACUGGAGGUGACUCUUUUAUUCAAGUGUCGAAUGGAUUUCUUUCAGCAGGUUUGAAGAUUUGGAUCUUUUGAAUUAAUCUGGGAGAUCAGUGAUAGUUCUAUAAAAGCAGAUUGUGUAAUUAAGGAAUAAAAGUACAUCCCUUAUUCAUAACAGUAUUUUAAGUUACUAUACAUUUGAAUUAUUUUAUCAUUAUAAAAAGAUUCUAUGUUUUUGAUAUAUUCACUACCUGUAUCUUAUUAAUUUACUUAAGAAAAACAUAAUUUUGUUUGCUUACAUUGCUUUUGUCACUUGUUUCAUAAUGCAGUUUUGUUUUUAUACAUGCUAAAAUCAAGUCCUUAUUAU